UGCAUUAUGAUACAGACAAAUUUUGUUGCUCCUUCGUGAAGGUGGGAUACAUUUUAGCUCCUUCAGUGAGUGCAUAAAACUCUAGACAGCAUUUUUCUGUUUUGGUAAACGCAAUAUCGAUAGAGGGUUUUUUUUGACAGAGUUUUUCAGGAGAAUGGAAAGGAAACUUCCAGAAGAUCAGAUCAAAUCUGUGCUGGCUCCAUGGAGAUUUUCUUGGCAGUCAAAUGGAUUUAAGAACCGGCUUGUGACAGCGCUGGAACUUUAUGAACAUUACCUGUUAGAUAUAGCUGUCACUGGAGGGACUAAGUCAGCAAACGCAAGGCUCGCUUCUGUUAUCUGUGGAUUGACAGAUGAACAGGAUGAACAGGAAGAUGAAGAAGAAGAAGAAGAAGAAGAGGAAACUGAUGAAGAUGAAGGCAGUGAUGAGCAAGAUGAUGAAGAUGAGGAAGAUGAUGGAUCAAGCGUUAACCUUUCUGCUAAGAUCUGUGUUGAGAGAAAACCACUUGUGAGAUUUACAGAUGACUUUGCAGAAGAUGGUCCUGACCCUGCUCUAGUGCUUUUCCACCCUCAAGUCCCCAAUGUCCGCAUUUUGACAGUACAAGGAAGUUCUGGUCCGGCUCAGGACAGCUAUGAUGUAUUGGUGGUCCUCACGACAGAGUUGCACCAGGAGGACCAUGUGAGGCUCACUAUGGAGCAAUCUGAGAAAAACAAGCCCUUGUAUCUGGUUAAAACUGAACAAGAAAUAGAUCUUGUCCGUGAGAAGCUGGAUGGACCAUGUAAGACCUGUGCAUGGGAACGAAUGAGAGCUCGCACUUUGGAAUUUCAGAAGAAACACAAGGUGGAAUUUGACUCUGCAGAGAAUGCAGAGCAGCAACAGACUUCCCAAGGUCCUCUUCCUCUACACCAAGGUAUUAAGCUCUGGGAGCCUGAAAAGUUUGCAGAAGUUCUGGUGAAAGCUAUACCUGAAUUGCGCAAGAAGGCUUUCAGUCAGUUUUUGGUGGAUCUCACAAGUGAACUUAGAGGCUUCAAAACAGAGAGUAAUGGUACAGGACCCCUUGCAAGCUCUGCUUUUAAAAACAGCAAGAUAAGCCAGGAAGACCUAGGCAGAAUUUCUGUGGUCUUUCAACCCCAGGAUCUCACUGACCACCCGUCCAAACUGCUCUCCAUUUUCAAUGCCUUGGAGUACUUCCGACUGGAUGUGGGUCUACUAGGGGAAACGGGUUGUGGCAGCUCCAGCCUGUUCAACUCCCUCCUGGGCCUGAAGAAUGAGGACAAGGGAGCUUCCCCUACUGGGGUCUUUGAAACCACAAAGAAGCCUGUGACAUAUCUGUACUCAGAAUACCACAAUGUUCUUCUGUGGGACCUCCCAGGCUUGGGACAUGUGAAAGAUUUUAAGGCUGAAUUUUCUGCCUCCACAUUGCACCAAGUUCCUCCAAUACCUCCAAUACCUCCCUGUGAUGUCUUUAUCCUGGUAUCACCCCUGAGGCUCAAUCUGCAGUACAUCCAGCUGUUGAAGCACCUUUCGUCACAGGGAAAAGCUUGCUAUCUAGUGCUGUCGAAGGCUGAUUUGAUUGAGGAGAAAUCAGUUGAAGAAGUGAGGAGAUGGAAUGAGGAGAUUUUGGAUAAGCUAGGUCUGAAACAGAAUGUCUAUCUGGUCUCUGCACUCCAUCCAGAGACCUUGGAUUUGCCCAAAAUGAGAAAGACUCUCAAUGAUGAACUAGAAAGCCAUAAGAGAGUCGCACUGGCCAAUUAUGUGGCAAAACUAUUGGAAGAGAAUAUGUUUUGGAAGAGGGCUGACCCUUGCAAAAUAAACUGACUUCAUGCAAUGAAUUACCUUUACACCACUUUAAAUUGUAGUCUUCAUGCAAAGUGAUUGAUGGUGCUUCAUACGGUUUAAAUUGACACAAGUCUCUGCUGGACUGUACAAAUGAUAAAUGAUAAAUGAUAAAUGAAAUUCUAUUUAGUAAAACAAUUUGCAUAUCAUGUUGGGAGUGUGUUUUUGUACUGGAUCUUCUGGGUGUGUGUAUUUGUAAUAGAACUUCAGAGGUGCCUAUUUAACAUCUACAGUUUAGCCAUAGCAUUGCAAUGACAAUUUGAGAGACAUCUGAAUCUGGCUGGGUUCAACAAAAAAGUAUUUUCCAUUAUCAUCAGGAGAUCGUGAGUUUGAAUCCACAAUGAUGGUGCAUCCAUCCGUGGCUAGGAUCGUGGGUGUCUGUGAGCACAUGUGUCCAGAAGAGGGCAAAGGGCAGAAAGCAAUUUCCUCUCACAGCAUGAGCAGCAGUUUGAAAAGAAGUGAUUGGGUGGACUUCGUGUCUUCGAGGAAGCACGUUACACUCAGCUGUUUGACUGUAAAUCCAAACAUUUCUGCAGAUUGCAGUUAAAUAUCAGCUUAACCAAUUCACAUUUCAUCAUUUAUGGAGUGAGCCAUCAUAUCCAUCGAUAUGCUAGGGUAAGAUUCUGCUUCUUUUAUUUUUAUUUUAUUUUUUUUGUCUCCUGCUAGGAUUUUCUUGUUGGCAAUGGUAGGGUUGGCUGUCAUUCAAAUCACAGGUCAUUUCUAUAGUAACACCUAACUCAGAGACUUUUAUGGCUGACACUCCACAUACAAUUCAUUUGUAAAUUUGUAAAACGUGUGUAGUUAUUUAUGUAAAGUAUUCUGUGAGGAGAUUAUUUAACUUUUUUUGAAGGAAUCUCGAGUGUCAGCACUUUGUAAUAGUUUAAGGUAAAGCUGUACGUUUUCAGACAUGGGAAAGUGUUCAUUACAGUGGGCACUGUGGCUUCUCGGUAACAUGACAGGCGUUUUCUUUUAGUCUUAUUAACUUAAAGAAAAAAGAAAAAAGGCUGGUGUGGGAACGACUGGUUAUAGCUGCUUAUAACUUAAUGGAUAACAAGAACUAACUUGUUUCGCAGAUGUUCUACAACAUUAAAUGCAACAAUAACUUAUUAAAAAUUAUAUGUCUUUAAUUCUUUAAUCAAUAGAUUGUUAGUGUUGGCAAAUUGCUGUGGGAUAAGUGGAAUACAACACUUCUUUCUGUUAUUGGAAAAUAAUCCAUUUAGGAAUGGUAACUCUGAACCACUCCACCCCAUGUGUCCUAAUCCUUAUUUAUACAUCUCUAUUAUUUAAUCUGCCUUUACCUGGAACUACUUUGUGGUAAAACUAAACAACAGAAGCCACAUCUUUUUCCUCUGAAGCCCUGUCUUUUUAAACAAUGAUUAAAGCUCUUGUUAUUGGAGUCUUGCUUUCCUAAUCAAGAACACUUUUA